AUUUAUUUUCGGAUUAAAGCCGUUUGGGCGUUUUCUGGUUUUUCUAUUUUAUUUUAUUAAGAUAAAAAAGCUCCCAAAAAAACGUGUUGGCGUUUUAAGUGCCUUGGCCAGGGGUGAAGAAGCGCUGCAGCCUCCUCAUUAAACCCUGUAAGCUGCUUGUGUUGUAGCGCUAAUCCCGAGUCGCGCUGUUUGAAGGGAGUGACAGCAGCAGCGGCAGCACGAUGAGGGAGAGCAGCAGCUCCGAGCCAGCGCCACCACAGCAGACCCGGGCAUGACUACACCUGUCCUGUAUCUACAUAUUCUGAACAAUUGGAUCAUCUCGCAGGCUCGGCUGCUGUGUUUUUGGUGGCUUGUGUGCAGGACGAUGCAGUGAGAACCCGAUGGUGAUGCUGGCGAAGCUCCUCCGUCUGAAGGUCUUUAACCUAGAGCUGCUGCAGAUUUGAGCUUUCUCUCCGCCAGCCUUUAGCUCCUUUAUCUCCCCCCGCGAUGGAGUUCCCCUUCGAUGUGAACGCCCUGUUCCCGGAGACAAUCUCUGUGCUGGAUCAGAAUUUGUGUGCUGCCCGAAAACCACACGGAAGACCUGAUGCCCAGAACCAGACUGCCAUCGUCAUUGAUGAAUUAGGAAAGGCCUCGGCCAAGGCCCAGCAGUUGCCUGCACCAAUAACAAGUGCUGCAAAGCUCCAGUCCAACAGACACUAUCUUUACCUGCUGAAGGAUGGAGAGCGUAAUGGUGGUAGGGGUGUUGCAGUGGGAUAUCUGAAGGUUGGAUACAAGAAGCUGUUUCUGCUUGACCAGCGGGGGGCGCAUGUGGAGACAGAGCCUCUGUGUGUGCUGGACUUUUAUGUGACGGAGAACCUCCAGAGACAUGGAUACGGACUGGAGCUUUUCCGCUUCAUGCUGGAGCACAAGAAGGUGGAGCCUGAGCAGAUGGCGUAUGACAGACCUUCACCCAAAUUCCUGGCCUUUCUAGAAAAACACUUUGAACUUAAACACAGUGUGCCUCAGGUGAAUAACUUUGUGGUAUUUGAUGGCUUCUUCAGGAAUAGAUCAGGCACGCCUCCCUCCCCUGUGACGGAUCAGGGGUUGUACGGCUUUUUUGGUCCCAUUGAGAAAGGUUCCCCUAAAAAAGCCAGAGGGAGAGAUCAAGCCGUAUUCGCUGAUGGAGAGAGAGGUUGUGCGAGAGGAGCAGAAGGUCCUGCCGUGGCCUUUUGUCCGCUCGGCAGCCCCUCCUCCCUCGCCACCUCUGGCGGUAUCCUCCCAGUUCUCUCGCUCCCUCAGUGUGGGAUCCUCCCCCACCCGCGGUCCUCCUCGCCCCACGGCGGCACCAGGCGUCCGACAGGGUCCCACGCUGCACCCGCAGUCCCUCGACAACUGCAGGACAAAACGCACCAGUUCUCUAAAUAGAUCUCAGCUCAGCUUUCAUUGACCUUCAACCUUUUAACGUAGAACUCCGCAGCCUUGAGGAUGGCUGUGUUUUUUAACUUCUUAUCUAGUUCUGGUCUUUCACUUGUUUUUGUAACCUUGUUGUGGAAACGAGGCCUAAGCGUGCUGCAGCGCCAUCGCUGGGUUUUUACAUAAUGUGGUAAUGAAUGAAGGGAAGUAUCUAGGAGUGCGUAGGCUUUUGAAAUUUCCCUGCGCUUGCUCCAUCGAGGGGCAAUACGUUUGGUAAAGCCUGAACUUUCAGUAACUAGAGAAGUGUAAAAAUACCCCGACACUGAGGUUUUGGACCUGGUACUUGUGAGAAGCUUUUACCUUUUUCCUUCCCCCGAACGUUUUGAUCCACAAACAAUAAAAGUUGAACAGAAAGUCAGUUUGUUUUGUUUUGGUUUUUUUCUUAAAUGAAUGAUCUUUUCUAACAGUUUAUUUAACGUGGGGGCCAUUCCCACCAGACAGAGGAGAAAUAAAACGCCAUUCUCCAACUCACAAUUUACUUAGUAUACUGAAAUCAUUUAUUUAAGUUUUGACGUAGUAUCGAAAUAAUGAUUUUUUUCCCUAAAAAUGUGGACCUCUUAUCUCAAAAUAAUGCUGAAGAGGGUUUCCUAUGUUAGAAUGACUUUUCUCAAAAUUCUAUCUUGGAAUAGUGCCUUGUUUUCUCACAGUUGUAUGUCGCAUCUUGACAUAAUGGCUUAUUUUGUGUAAAUAUGGACUUGAAAUAAUUACAUUUUCUCAAAAUUUGGUCUCUUUAUAUUGAAAUAAUGGACAUCAAUGGAUAUCAAUAUUUGGACUUUUAUCUCAAAAUAAUGACGUUUUUCUGAAAAUGAGUCUGAAAUAAUGAAAUAAAAUGGAAUAAAAUGGAAUAAUGGAAUAAAUAAAAAAGGAAUAAAAGUCCUUUUUUACAUAGUAUGUCAGUAUGUCUAAAUAACGAGUCAAUACUAAUGAGCUAUUUUGCGAUAUAAAGUCAAAAUGUUGAGAAAAUAAGUACUAAUAUGAGAAGUCAAAAUAUCAAGAAAAGGCAGGAAAGAGUUUCCAUAACGUCCACAAACUGAACUGAGUAUUUUUUAACAAUGAACCUUAUUAAUUUCCAGGACCUGAACAUUACAUGAUCAUUGCAUGUCUCCCUUCACUUGAUAUUCUUUUGUUCACUAUAUGUUAUGUUCAUGAAAUAUUAUUGCCUUUUGAGUUUUCUAAUUGUAUUACUUUUGUGUUUUUUUUUUUUUUUCCUUUCUCGUGCUUUCUCAUUUCUUUCUUUCUCUUUUUCUUUUUUAUUAUUUCUUUUCGAUCAUUUCUACUUUAUGACAUGCCCACCACCCACCCCCCUCCCCUCGUCUCGUCCUCCUCUGAAUCUGCCCUCUCAUCUUGUCCUGGUCUUGCCUGGCCCCAAUGCACAUGUUCCUCCCUUCCAUUGCGUGUCUACUUUCCCUUCCCCUC